UCAACAUUCACCACAUCAGAAAAGCAGAAAAUCACUCAUCAAACUAGAUGGCAUUUACAGAGAGAAAUAGUGGUACAACAGCCAAUGAAAAACACUACCAGCCAAGAUCUUGCCUCAACAAAGAUGGACACAAUGCGUUUUACCCUCCUUGCUGACUAUAUCACAGACAUUUCUAAUGAUACAACUUAUUCACAGUUUAUGACACCUUCUGUACAGAACGCAUCUGAGCAAUCAUGCAAUGUUGUUGUACCAUCCCAAUUUAUUUCCAAUGCCAUCCCUGCUGUCUACAGUAUCAUCUUCAUCUUGGGAUUUAUUGGAAACAGUGUGGUGAUUGCCGUUCUAUGUCAUCGUUCUCAUUUGAAAACUGUUUCUAAUAUUUACAUAAUCAAUUUAUCAAUUGCCAACCUGGUGUUUCUAUCUACCCUUCCCAUUUGGGCGGUCUAUUACGCUACUGGGUAUAGUUGGCAUUUUGGGUCAGUGAUGUGUAAAAUAUGCAGCUCGCUUGAGUCCCUGAAUUUGUACGCCAGUAUAUAUUUCAUCACAUGCCUGAGUUUUGAUCGUUAUGUGGUAAUACGCCAUCCUUUUGGAUCCCAGUCUGAGAAAUCUCUAUGUCAAGCUCGCUGUGUCAUAAUCCUUGUAUGGACUUUGGCUUUGGUUGCAACCUUUCCAGCCAUUUACUUCCUGCGUGCCCACUAUUUGGAGAAUUUGGGAAAUACGGUGUGCGCAAUGGUUUACCCCCCCGAGAACUCCAAUCACUGGUCUGCGGCCAUGUCUUUGAUGAAAAAUACUUUGGGCUUCUUCAUUCCCUUCACAGUAAUAAGCGCAUGCUAUGGUUCUGUUGCCUAUCAUUUGAGGAGAAUGGAAGUACGAGAGAAGAACAAACAUAAGCGAGACAAAGCAUUGUGGAUGGUGUUUGCAGUAGUGUUGGCUUUUUUCAUCUGCUGGUUGCCAUUUCAUGUAGUAACCUUCCUCGACGCAUUGUCAAAGAUGAAUUUCAUUACCAAUUGUCGAGCCAUCACUGCGAUCGACACUGCAAAGCCAAUUGUAAUUUGCCUUGGUUUUGCUAAUAGCUGCAUCAACCCUUUUAUUUACUAUUUCAUGGAAGAUCACUUCCAGGUCCAGUUUACUGAUAUGGCUCAGAGUGGAUCCAUUAAACUGUACAACCGGAGAAACUCAUCGACCAGGAUCAUCAGCUCCUUCUCCCACAGGAACAAUGACAUGCAAGAUACUGAUGCGAAGAAUUCAUGAGAUGUUGGAUUAAAUGGAGUCACCAUUGUCCUCCCAACCCCACUGCCUUGCUGUUGAUUGCCAUUGCAUUUUAAUCUUCAAUCUCCGUUGAUAUUAAGGCACCAGAAAGUGUGCAGCUCUUGAUUAAAUCUACAUAUAUUAGAAAUACAGCAUUAUGAUAAUGAUAUAA